GAUUUAAAAAGCUUUUAUUUCAUUAUGAUCAUCGUAAAUUUGAUAUGAAUCGUUACAUUUGUCGAUUUCGUCGCCUACUUUUCAACAUUUAUGUUGGUAUGCUCACACUUUUAUUAAGAAAAUGUUUCCCGACCAUUGCGUUGUCUCUUGACUUAUCCUAAAUAACGUCAACUUUAGCUGUUGCCAAUAAAUAUAAUUUUUGCGAUUUCGUCAUCGUUACCAAAUUAAUUUCCCAGCUGAUGACUCCCCGAAGAUAAGAUGUUACCAUGCAGAAUGAAGAAGUAUCGUAUGCCAAAUCAGUGGUCAAUGCCUCUUAUGUAAGCCGCCGUGGGUCUGGAACCUGUUCUGUGAGGCAGUUGCCUCCCUCACGUUUCCAAAGAGACGAAGCGAGCAGCUUGAAGGUGAAGCAGCACCUCAUUCAGUUAGCUAGAGAAGAGAAGGAUGUAGCCAGGCGCACUAAAUUGGAUAGGUCUGCUUCCCUUGACUAUGGUCGACUGGGUUCGAGAAUAUUCGAGUAUAAGAUUGACUCUAACAGGAUGGCGGAAAAAGCGUUUGAUAAUUCCCGCGGCUAUCCUAUCGAAUCGGACGUCAUAAGACCUCUAGCUUUGAAACCAUUGGUACUUGCGAAUUCUGAACUAUCGUUAAGCCAGGCGUUGAGUUCUGAAUUAUUUUCAUCAGGUUCGAUUCCGUCCAACAAAGAAAUUGAUAGGUUAAUUGAAGUAAUUAAAGAAGUCAGACAAAGGAACUCGUUAGCAGACGAAACUUCUGGUAACCGGGUCAGAUUCCGUCGUCACUCCGACGUGUCCGACCUCAGAAACAGCAAGAGAAGCAUCAAAGAUCCUCCAUCAAGAUCCUUGACUAGAUCCAAGUCUAAUGGUUCCUCAGAGAAACUGGAAAAGGAUAACUUCGGUUCUUCACGCAGUGCCUUCAAGAGCAUACCCCGUUGCUCUAGUGGCAAACAUCUUCACAAGCGCCAGUGUUCACAAGAAACUAUUCCAGAAGAGGAUGGUACAGAGGAAGAUGUUCCGGAAAUAACCCAAAAGAUCGAGAAACUUGAAAUUGGGAAACUUGAAUCGAAACCUCAACGAGUUUAUCCCGUUCUGGAUCCUCCUGAAGAUUACAUGCCAGCUAAACCUUCGAUACCAAAGAUAUCCAAAAUAGAUGUUCCUGAAAAAUAUCAAGUGUCUUCAGGAGAUUCUUCUCCUACGCAGUCAGAACCAUCUGCUCCUGUUACUCCUCCUGAUAACUCAUUACGAACAACUCCUUCUCCUGACAACGAGACUAACAGAGCUGGACAAGCAAAACCAACUGUGAACUGUAAAACGUACGUGAAGAGACGAUCAUCCUCCUCAUUAGGAUUUAGUGUGCGGAACCCUACAUCUCGAAAUGCACAGAACAACACUCACGAUAGCUCAGGUAACAAUUUCAAUGGUCCUGAUGACUUUGUCCUUCAGCAUUCUCUGAUGAGAAAAGCUCGGCACCGGCACAGAAUGUGCUCGCAGCCUUGUGUGGGAAGUUCUCCACAGGAGGAUGACGGUGUGGAAAAGCUACCCAGCCCCCGUUAUUCUCCCAAUACCCAUCCAAGGGCUCGAUUACCAUCAACUCUUGCUAUAUGCUCGGGAAACCACCCACCUGUUUCGUACCUGAACUAUAUCAGACGGUCGAAGUCGUUGCAGGUCAAUCAUAUAGCUUUGCAUGAAUUUAGGAAUUUACAGAGAACGCAUGACAAUAGGUUAAAAUAUUCGGACCAAGAGGAUCUGACUUUAGUUACUGACAGAGACACCAUUUCCUCAGAGCCCAGUGCGAGCAUCCCAUCCCGUCCCUCACUAGACCUCCUUCCAGAGCGCGGUGAUGGAGUUGAAGCGAUCAGGAAUACAUCAAGUGAUAUUCCUGUUGGACAGCCAGCAUAUCGGGAGAAUCAGAGACCACACUCUCAUAAAACUGAAGUAGUUGAGGCGCUUAUCCACUCUAGGCCACUUCAGAAAACAGAUUCAACUGUUCCUCAGGAGCAACAGGAUCACCCUCUCCGAAGUCCAGAUCUUUUUUCGGCGAGGAGGGCUAGACAAAGAAGACAUCAUUCACUUGAUGGAACAGGUGCAGGGCCUGCUUUCCGGGAUUUAAAUGAGGUCAAAGAUCUGUUUAAGAGAGUUGGUAGGAAAUACUUAUCCGACCAUUGUGUUCUUCCCUGUGCUUUUCCCGAGAUCGAGAAGAGAAAUUCCCUCUCUUUUGUAUUUGACGGUAAUAAAGAGUUGCAAGAGAAGGUGCGCACGUUUUUUCAACAGACGAACAAGUCGUACUGCAUGCGACUGAUAAAGCAACGGUUUGCAUCAAACCCAUUGGACUGUACUCCUGAUGGCUCUGUCGUCGGGGACCUGGAGCAAGGAGUCAGACCGCUCAGCGAAUACGCUGAUGUUAUCAACGCUCAUAUAACGAGCAAAUCUUCCUCUGACCUCAACGAGAGUCUGCAGGCUUACCUCCAAAAAAGUGAAACUUUUGUUUCUAACAAGUGCAACAAUUUCAAUGAGAAAGACAAGAUGACUAAAGCUGACAAGAUGACUAAAGAUGACUUUCUUGCAACCCUUACAGCUUCUACGUCUCUCCUAGAAAUUGUCCCUAAACCUCAUGCACCGAAGGUUCCUGCAAUUCCCAUUCCUGAGAUAAUUGCUCCUGCUCCUCCUGCUCCUGCUAUUGCGAUUAUCGCUCCUGUAACUGCUCCUCCUAUUGCCACCUCAGCCCUCCCUAUCCGCACUAUCUUGAGUUCUAACAACUCCGAGUGUUCGGAAUGCCCCUUUAAAAAUAAUAGUAGCAAGAGUUCUCGAGAUUCGGGCUACGGUGACUCAACCUCUGCCUCGAAUGAAGGAUUAAAUCCGCCCAAACGUAGGAAUAGAAGUGCCUCUCUCACGAUCCUUUCAAAACUGAAACCAUUGUUUGGGCUUAGGAAACGUGAUCUGGUACCUGAUGAGGGCAACCCUUUCAACAAGAUAUUCGAAGACCAACCUAUCUCAGAGUUUGCGAAGUCCGUUGAUAACUUCAUAGCUCGCCGAUCAUCGCUCCCACUCCCAGAGCCGGUAGCUGCAAGAGUCCCGUCAGCUACUGACUACGAAGAUAUUCCAGUCUUCGACAGUCCUUCUGACAACCUUUCACCGGCCCCCUCCAGCUCCGCCUUGGACUCUCAGCAGGUCCUGAACGGGUUCGACUCGAUCCUCAACUCAGAGCUGCAGGUGACAUCUCUGAUGACAUCUCUGCUGGAGUGCGAGGCAGUUACAGAGCAAGUCAGUGACGAGGAAGAUGAUGAUUUCAGAGUGUCCCCUUUACCUGAAGACUUGGAGGAGGACGAUGAAGAUGAUGAAGUUUUCUAUCUUAUGAGGAACAGUCUCGAAGACGUUGUCACCAACCAUCCUACCAACUCUGCCAAUCCUACCAACGAUAAGUUCUCCUUACAAGAUAUCCAGGAGAUAUUGGAUAGUUUCGAUGUGAUACAACAGACUGCCCCCACUUCCGAUAAGGAGUACCACAAGGUACACAACAUGUUACAAUCAAAACUGACGAUAGCACUUGGAUCCAUCUACCACACGCUCUCCAACGCUACCGUCCCACCCAACUCCACUCAGUACUUCGCUAAAAACACCCUCGAGGAUACCCUGGACUAUCUUGACGAGAGACUGGACGUUGAAGAAGACAAUGCCAAUAUCCUGGAACUGGUUGGGUUACUGGAAACCUUCGAAGAUUUCAUCGAUCUACACGACGAGAUAAUAUCGAGAACGUACUACGAGAACGAAACCCUGCCAGAGAUGAAGGACGUAAGGAGUGUAGGGGGAAAUGAUAACACCAGUAACACCAACCACAGCAUCUACCGGAUGGUGGGACUCCACAAGAACAAGGGAGAACCUCUGGGGAUCACCCUGAAGAAGGAGGACGACCGGGUGGUGGUUCACAGGAUCUUGGCGGGAGGAAUGAUAGACAGACAGAGACUGCUGCACAUUGGGGAUGUUAUUAUUUCUAUCAACAAUCAGGAUGUACAACCCAAACCUGAACUUAUACAGCACAUGCUGAAAGACGAAGAAGGAGAUAUUCAUCUCAAGAUAAUACCCUCGUACCGGGAACAAGCUCCAGCGUGCCAAGUGUUCGUCAAGGCUCACUUUAACUACGAUCCCAAGUCAGACAACUUGAUACCGUGCAAGGAAGCCGGCCUGAAGUUUAAUGAGGGGGAUAUCCUGCAGAUUGUUAACCAGGACGAUCCAAAUUGGUGGCAGGCUAAGAUGGAAGGAGGUGAAGGACAAGCAGGUCUGAUCCCUGGUCUGAUUCUACAAGAGCAGCGUAUGGCGAGCAAGAACAACACUAACAACGAGAAAACCUCGUCUAUAGGAUGUGGCGGCGCUAACAGGAGGAAAAAGAAGAACAAGAAAAUGAACUACUCCGCUAACAAAAACUCAGAUUUUGACCAACACGAGCUAAACUUGUACGAAGAAGUGGCCAAGAUGCCCCCCUUCGACCGGAAGACCCUGGUACUCAUUGGAGCACAGGGAGUAGGGAGACGGUCUCUGAUUAGUAAACUUGUUCUCAAUGAGCCUGACAAGUUCGGAAACACCAUGCCUCACACGUCUCGGCCCAUAAGAGCAGGAGAGAAGGAUGGUUGUGGGUACUGGUUCACGACACGAGAGAAGAUGGACGAGGACAUUGCUAACCAUAAAUAUUUGGAAUAUGGGGAGUACGAGAAACAUUUGUACGGCACCAAACUUGAUUCCAUCAGACAAGUCAUGAGGUCUGGUAAAAUGUGCUUAUUGGACGUCAACCCCCAGUCUCUUAAAGUCCUCAAAACAUCCGAGUUCGUACCGUACAUAGUUUUUAUUGAGGCUCCCCCUUUCGAAACCUUAGUACAGAUGCACAAAGAAUCAGCCCGGGACAACCCAAACAAAGCUUUCUCGGAGAACGAUUUAAAGAAGUCUAUAGAGGAAUCAAAGCGGUUGAAACGGCAAUACUCUCACUACUUUGACGUGAUAAUCCAGAACAACAACAUGGACGAAACGUACAGCAAGUUGUACGAAUGCAUCAGCAAACUGUCCACCAGUCCCCAGUGGGUGCCAGUAAACUGGUUUUACUGAUCACCCUACAGAGGAGAUCCUAUCAGGGGCUGGUUGGAGGAGGAACCAUGUUCUCUCUUAUCUCCAGUCAGCGUUCCCUCCACUGGCCCCUUGAAGUGCCCUCUUUAGAACUCAUAGCUUUUGUUGUGUCUGUGCGGAUGUAGUAGAGUCGAGAAAACUUCAAGUGUUACACGCGCGCGCGGGCAUUGUCACGUGCACUCAUUGCUGACAAUUGUUGUGACAACGUUCCACCGAACAUGGAUUAUUUUUGUACAUUUUUAUUUAGGUUAAAAUUCAAUGUUCUAUUAUAAUUUAUAUACAUAUUGCUUACUCAUCAAUGCUGUUUCAUUAACUUGAAAAUUUUCAUGAUUUGGCUGAUUUUAUUUUAAUUAUGUAGAAGUUUGCCUUUAUUGUUUAUUGGAUCUAUUAUACAUGUGAUAACUGAUUCAUAAUUUCUGAUAACUGGUAUCUUUAUUAUCAAAGGCAGUGACUGUUAUAAAAGAAAGGACUUGAUAUGUUUUGUUGAGAGUUUAAAGGUUUUGAUAAAGACAAAUACUAAUAAAGUAAAAUGCUGUUAUAUUGUAGUGAUAAUAAUGUCUUUACCGUUCGUUUUAAAA